AUUACUUCUGUGCUCCGAGGGUUUGGUGGCUUUCCUUCUUGUGGUGAAGAUUGGGCCUUUAAGGGAGCUGGUGAUGAAUGGGCUGGAUCAGCUGAAGACGAUGAAAGGGACUGUUUUGACCAUUGCAGGUGUUUUUUGUGCUAUCCUCUUAUCCCACUUUUUUAGCAUUUUGAGGAUCCAAAACAAGGGUGCUAAGCUUGGUACCAUGACGCCUAUGGAUCAAGUACUUUGGAGGACCAACUUGUUGGAAGCCACUCUCAUAGGAUUCUCCCUAUUUCUUGGUUUCUUGAUUGAUAGAAUCCAUCUCUAUCUGCGUGAAGCAAUUUCAUUGCAAAGCAGCAUUGGGACGUCAAAGACUGAAGUUGAAAAGCUUGAGAAAGAAAAGGUGCAGUUCAAUGAAAAGGCACAGAAGUCUGAAGAGGAAGUAAAGCAACUGCAGAAAGAAAUCUCAGGUUUGAAGGAUGAAGUAAAAAAGCUAUGCAAAGAGAAUGAGGAAAAGGUUAAAACAGCAGAAGAUCAUGUUAACGCUCUUCAUAAUCAAUUUGCUGGACUUCUUCUGGAAUAUGACCAUCUAUUAGAAGUGAACCAAGAACUUCAGAAACAAGUAGAUGGUAAACAGUAUUAAGGAUUGGGGUUAACAUGGAAAUUAGAAUUCCUGCAAUUCUGCCCUGGCUAAUCCAGAUCCUGUUUUUGUCAUCCAAAACUCAAUUCCUGACAUCUGCUAGCAGAUCAUUAUUGUAAACCUAUUUGGAAAUUCAAUCUGAAUGUUUGAGAAGUUAUUUUGUGGUUUUGCCUUGUUAUGUUAUUUGAGUUUUUAUUUUUAAACCAACUAUGAAAGUUUUGUUCUUUACUCUUCGUGUCACACGUUGAUAUAUCAGCAUGACAAUGAAAGAAAAACUUGAGUUGGGCUGUUG